CCACUAUACUUUGUUUUUCUACUUUCAUCUUUUCUUUUCUUUAAAAGUUUCUAGGUGCUUCCCUUUUUCAUAGAUGUUUGCAUAUAUAUAGUAUACUUCCUUAUGACUCUACGGUUGUUCUUAAAAUAUAUGUAGCCAAAGACAAGGAAAUCUGUGAUUUUUGCCAAUAAAAUGGGAGCAAUAAUUUGUUGUAUUAGUAAAUCAAGUGAGAAAAAGAGCUUGGAAAGGAAGCUUGAAAAGAAAAUAGCUGAAAUAAGAAGAAACAAAUUCGGACAAAGCAAAUUGAAAUCAAUUGAUAGUAUAGUUAUGUUGUUUCCUAUGUUCAAGGAGAGACUAAAAACAUUAAGAGGAAUGUUUGAACAAUAUGAUGAGGACUCAAAUGGAUCCAUAGAGCCUCAUGAACUGGAAAUUUUCUUAGAACAUUUGCAACUUCAUCUUCAAGAGCAAGAGAUUGAGAGUAUUUUUCAUUACUGUGAUAUUGAUGGAAGCAAGGGAAUACAAUUCAAUGAAUUUAUUGUUCUUCUAUGCCUCAUCCAUAUCCUAACAGAACCUUUAUCCUCUGAUAAUUCACCAAAGGCAAAGUUAGCACAACUUGGAGAAGUUUUUGAUACUAUAGUUGAAAUAUUUCUGUUUUUUGAUAAAAAUGGUGAUGGAAAGCUUGACAAGAAGGACAUGGAGAAAUGGACUGGGACAAGAAUGGACAAGUCACACUCAUUGAAUUCCUCUUUGGUUUCAUUAAUUGGAUUGGCAUUGAUGUUGAUGAAUAGAUGCAUGAAAACAAAUUACACAAUGCAUAUCAUAGGAGUGCUUGAAGUUACACAUUAUGUUGAAUGUGUAUAAGCCUGAAUUUUUCUCAUUUUCUUAAGAACAAUUGUAUAAAUUUACACACUUUGCUUGUUGCAUUGAAAAUUAGAACAUAUGUAUGUGAAUAGAAACAUAGCACUAAUACAUUAAGCUUCAA